AUGUUUAUUCCUUUUUUGCUUGUUUCUCUCAUCUCAUCGAUCGAUGUGACAGCUAUAGCUGUGUCUCGCUCAGAGUACCCACUAUCUCAGGGCGUUGCACAUGGUCCCUCAACUAGAUUGACCAUAGGCAAUACAGUCCUCGCUCCCGAUGGCUUCGUCCGCCCAGCAACUGUUGUCAAUGGCAUGUUUCCUGGACCCAUGAUUGCAGCUCAGAAGGGUGAUCUGUUUAAUAUUGAGGUGGUCAACCAACUCAGCGACGAAUCGAUGUUCACGCUUACCAGUGUUUGCGAUGGUUUGAGGGGAGCCCUGAUCAUCUAUGACCCUGACGACCCUUUGGCAUCCAUGUACGAUGUCGACGAUGCAACUACUGUGAUCUCACUUUCAGACUGGUAUCAUGUUGUAUCCCCCAAAUUGCUCGGUGUUCCAUCUAUUGCCGAUUCUAUGCUCAUCAAUGGACUCGGUCGCUUUGUUGGCGGACCCCCGUCUGAUCUUGCAGUGAUCAAUGUGACGCCGGGAAAGCGAUAUCGCCUGCGCCUGAUUCAAAUGUCAUGCCAAUCCGACGUCAAAUUUUCCAUCGAUGGUCACAGCUUGACUGUCAUCGAAGCGGAUGGACAGUUGACAGAACCUCUGGUGGUAGACCAACUCCAGAUCCUUGCGGGCCAGCGCUACUCUGUGGUUCUACAAGCCAAUCAGCCGGUGAAAAACUACUGGGUACGCGGUCUUCCUAAUACGCCGGGUGCAAACUACAUCGGAGGAGUGAACUCUGCUAUCCUACGCUACCAAGGCGCCCCAGCGGUCAACCCGAUUACGAUCGCUCUUCCACCCAAGAACCAAUUGCAAGAGACCAACUUGCAUGCUCUGCCAGUGGACGGUUCCGGUGUUCCUGGUAUUCCAGGGUACGGGAACGCAGAUAUCAACCUCGACCUGGAGGUUAGCGUCAAAGCCCCAGACUUCCAAUUCUAUAUCAACGGUAUCACAUUCGGAAACACCACUCUUGGAAACCACACUGUUCCUGUUCUACUCCAAAUUCUUAGUGGAGCUCGACAAGCUACUGAGCUGCUCCCAGCCGGAAGUGUGUACGUUCUGGAAGCCAACAAAGUGGUAGAGGUGACAGUGGGAAUGCAAAGCGCUAUAGGUGGACCUCAUCCCAUACAUCUUCACGGACAUGCAUUUGAUGUAGUACAGAGCGCUGGCAGCAGUACUUUCAAUUAUGUGAACCCCGUUCGCCGCGAUGUGGUCAGCGCUGGGCACCCUGGGCAAAGAACGGUGAUCCGAUUCGUCACUGACAACUCUGGCCCCUGGUUCUUGCAUUGUCACAUCGACUGGCACCUUGCAGCCGGUUUUGGCGUGGUUUUCGCAGAAAGUCCCGCGGAUACCCCCGCAUAUGUGGACCCCGUGCCAGCUGAGUGGGACCGCUUGUGCCCAAUCUAUGACAAUCAGCCGAAUUUCACGCUACCUCACAUCCCUAACAUUCAGAUUUGAUCAUGCCCUUCAGCCACAAGGGACCGGCGUUGCCGUCGUGAACCUUGCUUAGCCCUCCUGUUGUCUGCUGUGACCAAGCCAACAGGGCUAAAUGUAAAUUUCAUUGUACAUUUUCAAAUCUUGAUGCACAUGGCCGAUAUGUGGAGUCCUGAUCUCUAGCCAUAUUUCUUGUAUUUGUAUUCCUUUGGCUGCAUUCUCUCUUCCAAUGCGUUUACGUUUAUAUUCCCCAAU